UUUUCAGCCAGCUGUGUAAAAGUUGUGAAGUCUUCACUAAAAGCAAAACACGUGUUGAGUUUUAAAAAAUAAUUUUUAAAAUUAUAUAUUAAUUGUUUAAAAUUCAUUUGAAGUUAAAAAUAAUUAUAAAAAUUGAGAAAAUGGUAUCCAGAAAAAUUAUUAUGUAUAUUUCAGUACCAGGGUUGGCAUUAAUUUAUGGAAUAUACUUGUAUCGUCGGCGUAAAUCAGACGACAACCUAAAAAAAUUAUCAAAUGGUAAAAUAUCUAAACAUAAUCAAAAUCAGCAGCAGCUAAAGAAUUCAUCAUCCAAAUUUAAUAUUGAUAAUGAUGAUGAUGAAGAAAAAUUAAAUGGUGUAGAUGGUGGCAAAUCAGUUAAUAUUGCUAAAAAAAUGAAUAGUCCAACUGAAAAUAGUGAAUUAUGUAGAUCAGCUCCAAUAUCAAUAUAUUCAAAUAAUAAUUUAUUAAAUGGUAUUAAACCAUUAGAUCAUAUUAAUGAUGAAGAUGAAGAUAAUGAUAAUUUUAUUAUAUCUGCAUCAUCGUGCAGUUUUACACCAUCAACUGUACGUCUACCAGGUACACCUAGAAAACUAACAGCAACAAGAAGAUGCAAUAUUAAUGAUAGCAAAACUGAAGUUGUUAAAGCUUCACCAAUAUUUAAAAUGUCUAAUUUUGAUGAGUCUAGUUUAAUAGUUGAUGAAUAUAAUAAUAAUAAUUGUAAUGAUUAUGAUGAUUGUUCAACAAAUUCAUCAAGUACUAUAAAUAAUAACAAUAGCAAUAAUAAUAGAAAAUGUCUAUUAAGCAAUUCAACAUCAUCACCGGAUUAUAAUUAUCAAUCAUCAUUAGAAAGUCCAUCAAUUUCUUCAUCAGAUAAAAAUAUUAAAUAUGAAUUUCUAUUACCAAAUAAAUUUAUUGGUAAAUUCUAUGGUAAAAAUAAAAAAAAUUUGAAUAGAAUUAAAUCACAAACUGGGACAUCAAUUAUCAUUAAAAAGCAUACAUUUUGUGAUGAUUAUAAAGUAUGCGUUAUAACUGGUUCCCAAAGUGAAGUUUAUUCAGCAUUAACAUUAAUACGUAAAAUAUUGCCAAAGAAGCAAUUCCCGAAUUUAACAUUAAAACGGAUUAGUGCAUUAACAACAGAUCAAAUUGUACAAUUACCACCAGAAAAUUAUUUACAGUUAAAUUUAGUUGAGGGUAUUAAUAAUGAUGUUACUGUAGUCACAGUUACUGCCGAAAGUGAUUUACUUACAUUAUUUGUACAGCAACCUUUACAUCCAUCUCAUCCAUUUUUAUCAGUUUUGCAAUCGUAUUUAUGCUGUAUAUAUAAUGAAAUAAAUGCACCAUAUUUACCUCAACUUAAAGAAAAUGCUAUUUGCGUUGGCCGAAUUAACAACAAUUGGUAUAGAUUGCAAAUAGUGCAAGUUUUUCGUGGUUUUUGUUUCGCAAAAUUUGUUGAUCAUGGUGGUUUUACCCAAAUUUAUAAUGAAGAUUUAAGACAAAUUAGGCAAGAUUUGCUUUCAAUACCAUUCCAAGCAAUUGACUGUUGUUUAUCCAACUUACGUCCAAUUGGCGAUGCAUGGGGUGUUGAUGUACCAGCAAUGAUUUUAACUUUGACUAAUAAUAUGAUAUUGCAAGCUCAAGUUGUUGGAUAUACUGAAGAUAAUAUACCAGAAAUUUAUCUUUUUGCUGUACUUGGAGGAAAGAGAAUAUUAUUCAUCAAUAAGGAAUUGGUUGCAAGAGAAGUUGCCGUAUGGAUUGAUUAAAUUGAAUUUAUACUGCUGAUGUAAUAAUAAAGGAUAUAAGAUAUAGAACUCUAAUAUUUAUGUAUACAAAAAUGAAAACUCAAUUGUUUCAAGAUAAUAUCGCUUAACUUAAUUUACGUUAUCAUUAUGUUUUAACUCUUUUUUUACCUUUUUUUUUUGCUUUGCAUUAAAAGUAUUUUUAUUUUUUUCGUAUUUUUAAAUAUUAUUCUUUUAAUGAAUAUUUUUAGAACUGAAUAAUUAUAAUAAAUUUUUACUGAAUAUUAAGUCAAUUUUUUUUCCUUUCACAAACAAUUUUAGAAACACGUUUACAUAUAUUAAUCUUUUAUGUAAUGAAUAAACUUUAAAAUAAUAUGAUUUAAAGCGGAAUAAAAUUGUUAGAAGCAUUGAACCAGAAACAUAAUGGUUUUCGGUUGGCACAAACUAAAUUAAAGAAUUUCAAAUACUGAUAAAACCGUAUUUAUUAAAAAAUUUACAAAAUAUUUCUUUUUUAACUGAAAAUAAAUGAAAAUCAACCCUCUUUUUUUUAUUAUUUUUACAUAAUUUCAUAUUUUUUAUAUUUCAUGUACUCAAAAUUAUGUAGCAUCAUAUAAUUUUAUUAUCCAUAUGCAUUUAAAUUCAUAUUUUAGCUUAAAAUUUUUAUUCUUUGAUUUUUAAUUAAAAAAAAAACGAGAUUUUUCAAUUAAUUUUUUAUCUUAAUAAAAAUAUUGUAGUUGUAUGUAGAAAUUUAUAGUGAUUUAGUGAUAAUAAUAUAGAUUAAAUACAUAUAAUACACACGCAAUUAAAUGAAUUCAAAAAAAUUAUUAAAUUAAAAAAA